AAUAAAAUGUCAUACGAUACCGCAAUUACAGUAUUUGGUCCUGGAGGAAACUUAUUUUAAGUCGAAUAUGCAAUGAACGCCGUAAAGCAAGGUUAAACAUCUGUAGGAGUUCGUGGAAAAGACUGUAUAGUAAUCGGAGUAGAGAAAAAAUCUACAACCGCUUUACAAGAACCUCGUACAAUUAGAAAAGUACUUAGAUUAGACGAGAGUACAUGCAUAGCUUUCUCUGGUUUAACAGCAGAUGCUAGAAUAUUAUCUAAUAUAGCAAAGGUUGAAUGUCAAAGUUAUAGACUUAAUUAUGAUGAUAGAGUACCAAUUAAUUACAUUUCGAGAUAUAUAGCAGGUGUAUAGCAAAAAUAUACUUAAAAAGGUGGUGCUAGACCUUUCGGUAUAUCAACUCUUGUGGGAGGUUUUGAUAGCAAAAAUUAGCCUCGUUUAUAUUAAACUGACCCUAGUGGGGCUUGUACUGAAUGGAAAGCUGAUGCUUUGGGAAGAUCAAGAAGUAGUGUAAUAGAGUUUUUAGAAAAAAAUUAUUUAAAUGAUUAAAUGAAUACUGAUGAAUGCUUAAAAUUGGCUUGUAAAGCUUUACUUGACGUAGUCGAAAGUGGAUCAAAAAAUAUAGAACUUUUCGUUUAGAAAUAUAAUGAAUUUUAUCAAAUUUCUGAAGAAGAAGUCGAAAGUAUUGUUAAAAAUGUUAACUUGUGAUGAUUUUUAUUUAUUUAAUAUAAAAUAUGUAAUUUGUGUUGUUUUUUUUUUUUAUGUUACCAAUACAAAUAAUAAUAAAUAAAAAUUGUAGCUUUUUU